CUGAUGAGGGCACAGUGACCACAGCUAGACGCUUCCUUCUACCACCGCUAGAAACUUCCUUCUGAGCUUUCUCCUGGUCCCGCCUCCUCCUCCCACAUGACCAAGCUCUGGCAAGAGCUAAAGCCACUCCCAGAGACUGUCUUUGCCAGGGUGUUUUGGUUAUUUGCAAUAACUUGCUGUCACAGGGCAAGGUCCAGGAGGACAGAGCUUUCCAUCCUCGCUUUGUCAAGGCUUCCCAAAAGCUCCCUGGUACCCAGAGAACAGUGUGUCCAGAGCUUAACCUGGAAGAGCACAGCCAUGGUGCUCUGGAGUCUGGUGCUGGGAGCCUUGCUGGUAGCCAUUGUGGGGCGCCUGUGCCAGCUGGGGCUGCUCCGGCAACGCGGGCCCCAGGAACCUCCUCUGGACAAGGGCCCUGUUCCCUGGCUGGGUCAUGCCAUGGCUUUCCGGAAGAAUAUGUUUGAAUUCCUGAAGCGCAUGCGGGCCAAGCAUGGGGAAGUGUUCACAGUGCAGCUAGGGGGCCAGUACUUCACCUUUGUCAUGGACCCCCUCUCCUUUGGCCCCAUCCUCAAGGAUGCGCAGAGAAAACUGGACUUUGUGGAGUAUGCGAAAAAACUGGUGCUGAAGGUGUUUGGAUACCACUCAGUGCCGGGAGACCACCAGAUGAUACACUCAGCCAGCACCAAGCACCUCAUGGGGAAUGGCUUAGAGGAUCUCAACAAAGUCAUGCUGGACAGCCUGUCCUUGGUUAUACAGGGGUCCAUGGAACAGAGUCCGGAUGCCAGGUGCUGGCGUGAGGAUGGCCUCUUUGACUUCUGCUAUAAUGCCUUGUUCAAGGCCGGUUACCUGAGCUUGUUUGGCUACACAAAGGACAAGCAGCAGGACCUGCUACAGGCAGAGGAGAUAUUUGUGCAGUUCCGCAAAUAUGACCGUCUGUUCCCCAGGUUUGUUUACUCCUUGCUGGGACCCCGGGAGUGGCUAGAAGUGGGCCGGCUCCAGCGUCUCUUCCACAAGACGCUCUCGGUGAAAGAUAACCUAGAAAAGGACGGCAUAAGCAACUGGAUAGCCUACAUGCUUCAGUUUCUGCGUGAGCAGGGAGUAGCUCCAGCCAUGCAGGACAAGUUCAACUUCAUGAUGCUCUGGGCCUCCCAGGGGAACACAGGCCCUACCUCCUUCUGGGCCCUCUUGUUCCUCCUGAAACACCCAGAAGCCAUGCAGGCUUUGAGAGAGGAGGCUGCCCAGGUCCUGGGGGAGGCCAGGCUGAAGGCCGGGCAGUCUUUCAACUUUGAGGUCAGUGCCCUGCACCGCACCCCAGUGCUGGACAGCGUGAUGGAGGAGACACUGCGGCUGGGGGCUGCGCCCACCCUCCUCAGGGUGGUGAGAAGUGACCACGUCCUGAAGAUGGCCAGUGGGGAGGAGUACCGGCUUCGCAGCGGCGACAUCGUGGCCCUCUUCCCUUACCUCUCAGUGCACAUGGACCCUGACAUCCACCCCGAGCCCACCGCCUUCAAGUACGACCGCUUCCUCAACCCCAAUGGCAGCCGAAAAGUGGACUUCUACAAGGCAGGCAAAAAGAUCCACCACUACACCAUGCCAUGGGGCUCGGGCGUCUCCAUCUGCCCUGGGAGGUUCUUGGCCCUCAGCGAGAUGAAGCUCUUUGUCCUGCUCGUGAUCAUGCACUUUGACCUGGAGCUGGUAGACCCUGACAUACCUGUGCCGCCCGUGGACCCCCGGCGCUGGGGCUUUGGCACCAUGCAGCCCAGCUACGACGUGCGCUUCCGAUACCGCCUGCGGUCUCCUGAGUGAGCCCUGCCAAGGGGGCCACAGCCUGGCCAGUGGGGCUGCCUUGGGGGCUCCACCUCCUCCCACCCCUGUGAAGCCCCAGACCCCCACCAGCUACCCCCCACCUCUGUCUUGGUUGUCUUCCUUGCUCUCUGGCCUCCUUCCAGUCACCUCUCAGGCUUAUCAUUCUCUUUUUAAAACACCGUCUCUCGCAGUGGGUUCUGCAGAACCUCCCCCCCUCCCCCACCGGGAGUCCAGGGGAAGAGGAAAUACCCUGCGGGCACCUCAGUUUGGGAGAUACCACAUGCCUUGGCAGAUCCUGAAGCACGGAAACUGGUGACCGUGAGUAGCGCAGCAUCUUGCGAAUGUUAGCCUCCACCCCCGCCCAUGCUGCUUUCUGCUUUUCCUCCACACUUACUCCACGUCCGGUGGGGGUCACAUUCUAGAACAGUGUUGUCCGAUGGCGAUACAAAGCAAGCCACAUGUGUAAUUUUUAGAUUUCCUAGUUGAUACAUUUUUUAAAAAGUAAAACGCAUUUUAAAAUAAUAUAGUUUACUUAACCCAUAUGUCCAAAGUAUUAGCAUUCCAACAUGUAAUCAAUAU